AUGUCUUCGACCCCAAGUAUCAGGGUAUAUGAAUCAUCACGCUACCAGCGACCCUCCUAUUCAAGCCCUGCGGUCGCCAUGGCCAUUCCAAACGCACGCGAAGCCGUGCCCCCGCCCUUGCCUCCUCCGCGUCACAUUGAGGACCUAAGAGCCGGGCACUCUGAUCCCGGUUGGCAAUGGGGUAACACAAACAAUCCCAAAGAAAACGGCUUUGGCGGAAUUCGGCUCGCGACAGUCAGACAUGGCUCGAGCUUGUACGGUGGAUCUGGCAGCGGCCAGGUGCAUCAUCCACGGGACCUGUCGGCCGACCAUCUUUUCAAUGGUCGCGAGUCCUCCAUCUCGCAGUCUCUCGACGACAUGAGCUCUGAGGGCAGCAGGGACCACAAUAGUGACGAGGAUCGCAGCGGCAAGACUCGGCCAUCGCUCGGUAACCACAGAUUUACAAGUGAACGACAGCUCGGUCAAAAGGCACUCGAUCACUCAUCACAGGCCUACGACAAGCAGCUUCUAUCUAAGAUCGGUGGCCCUAAUACUCCAACGAGAACAAAUGCACCGCCACUAUCGAGCAGCGCCCAAGACCCGUCUACCGACUCUCGCACGCACAAAUUGAACGGACAGCAGUUGAAGCCUCUAUCUGUGCCCGAUCGCCUACACCCCGACUCGCCUGCUACUAAGUGGUCACAGUCAGGCGUAACAUCGCCUGGGUACACAGAGUUCCGCAGUCCUGUCUUCGACGGACCGGAUGCAAGCAGAGGGGGACGUUACGGCAGCAUCUCCACGCCAGGGCCGUUGGAUGAAGCGCCUCUCCAUCGCGGCAGCUACGACCAUAGCAUAUUUUCAGAUCACGAAUUUGGUGGGAUGGAGGAGAAUGGCAUGCGCAACCUCCACAUCGAGGAGCGCAGUCCUGCAGGGUCUGACGAGUAUCAUAUGUGCCAGAAGGGAGGCCUGAAACGGCGCGCCUCGUCGCCCCCUCCAGAGGCAGUGCGUGAUGACCGGCCUACUACAAGUCGGGGAUCCGGCUUGUAUCACCAGCGGUCACAGCAAAUGCUCGCUAAUCGCAACACUCCAGCCUCGCGCUUUCAGAUGCACCAUGGAUCACUAUCUUCAGUGUCAUCCUCGGGACCUCGCACUGGCUCACUCGGCUCCUCUCUCGGGUUUUCCACGGCGGCAAGCAGUAUGACAAGUUAUGGCAAUGACCAACGCCUGUCCCCCAGUGCAUUGUCGCCCUCGGGGCCUACGGAACUAGGCCCUGUCUCUCCGUAUGCAGCUAGCAGGUCGCUAAACCCUAGCCCCCGCGGCUCUUUAUCAAGGCCACAGCACCAACGAGGCUACUCGGAGUCCGAGCAUCCUUCUCAGAUCCGGAAGCUGUCAACCGAAAGCAUCAUUCACUCGCGACAGAAUUCGAUGGUCAACCGUAUUCCUGGGGCGUACAUUUGCGAGUGCUGCCCGAAGAAGCCCAAGAAAUUCGACAGCGAAGAUGAACUACGAUCACACGAGCUAGAGAAGCAGUACAUUUGCCAAUAUUGCCCAAAUCGGUUCAAGAACAAGAACGAGGCGGAACGCCAUCAAAAUUCUCUGCAUCUGCGGCGACAUUCCUGGUCAUGCGCUGCGCUCGCUGGCGUGCAAGCUGCUUUCCACCCUUCUCCUGCUCGUCCAGCCGCGGCCGACAUGUGCGGAUUCUGUGGCGAGGAUUUUCCUAACCCCCCCAACUGGGACGCUCGAGCAGAGCAUCUGAAUCAUGCGCACAAGUUCGGCGAAUGCAAUCAAGCCAAGAAGUUCUUCCGCGCAGAUCACUUCCGGCAGCAUCUGAAGCACAGUCAUGCUGGUACGAGUGGAAAGUGGACCAACAUGCUUGAAAAUGCGUGUAUGAGGGACGAGCCACCGCCGCAGGAGCGUGUCGGCUCCGUAGGCUCCAUCUCUGGUCCAUCGGUCUCUCCUCUGUCAGCGAAACCUGGAGUCAUCAACGAAGCACACGAUGAGUCCUGA